AUGGCUUGUACGAAGACUAAACGUCGUGCUCGUAAUCGCACUCAGCGAUUCACUUCCAAUGUUUUCUCUAUGUUCAAUGAAGCUCAAAUCAGCGAAUUCAAGGAAGCAUUCCUAAUGAUUGAUUCCACCAAAGAUGGCGUGAUUGACAAGCAUGACCUGGAGGAUAUUUUCAUUUCAUUGGGGAAAUCACCAGACGAUGAUUAUUUGAAUGACAUGCUUUCUCAGGCACCUGGUCAGAUUAACUUCACAAUGUUCUUAACAUUAUUUGGUGAAAAGAUGAUGGGAUGUGAUCCGGAGCAGACGAUAUUGAACGCAUUUGCUUGUUUCGAUCCUGAAGGGACAGGCGUAAUAAGUGAGAAUCGUUUACGUGAAUUAAUGACAACAAUGGGUGAUCGAUGGUCGAAUGAAAAAGUUGAUGAAUUAUUUCACGGUGCACCUAUACAUGAUGGAAAUUUUGACUAUAAAGAAUUUACACGAAUGAUAAUGCAUGGCAAAGAAGAAGAGGAAGAAGAAGAAGGAGGAGGAGGUAA